GGCAGAAGUGCCACAUAAUCGGUUAAAGGUCAGCUAUUACCGAGUCACACGGGCAGGUUUUAGAUCCUCUGGUCAUGGCUAAAGACCCGUUGGCAGAGGCUGGUCUUCAUUUUGAUGAACUCAACAAAUUGCGAGUACUCGAGCCCGACGUGAGUCAGAAAACCACUGAGCUCAAAGAGGAAUGUGAGGACUUUGUUGACAAGAUCGGACAGUUUCAGAAAAUUGUAGGUGGACUUAUUGAACUUGUGGAUGAACUGGCAAAGGAGGCCGAAACUGAAAAAAUGAAGGCCAUAGGUGCAAGAAAUUUGCUGAAAUCGGUUGAAAAGCAACGAGAGGCCCAACAGCAACAGCUUCAGGCUUUGAUUGCAGAAAAGAAAAUGCAGUUGGAAAGGUACCGAAUAGAAUACGAAGCUCUUCAGAAAGUCGAAGCAGAGCAGAAUGAAUUCAUUGAUCAGUUUAUACUGCAGAAAUAAGAGUGCUGUGUUUUCUCUCUCUGUUGGACAGAAAAAAAGUGAUGCUAUGCAUCUUGACUCACAAUGACUCCUAUAAAGUACAGGGUCCCAAAGUAGGUUAAUUGAAUUGAGCAGUUUAUAGGUGACAACAGACAUCAACCUGUCUGUUUCAGCCUCAACCUCUGACUCUAUUGUGUUAACAUUGAGUGCUUUUGCAUGACCAGGUCCAGGGGGCAUACUUGUAAACUUUCCAACUAUAGUUUAUAAUCUCAGAUACUAUUUAUAUACAAUAUAAUUUAUUUAUACUAUUUAUAUGGAAAUUCGUUUGUAAAUCAUUCUUUUUGUACAACAGCAAAAUACAGUAUUUGCAUGUUACUGUAAAUAAUUCCAUCAUGUA